AAUGUGUAAACGAGUUUCCAUACAAAUUUUGACAGUUCAUUUAUAAGGUUUACACAAUUAUAAGUUUAUACGGUUCACAAUGCAUGUAAUAAAAUGAUCAUUGUGAAUUCAGCCAUUCGACUUAUUUCGUACUUCUGUUAACUCACCCAUUCGACUUUAUUUCGUACAUCUGUGAACUCACCCAUUCGACUUUAUUGUGUACCUCUGUGAACCCACCCAUUUUCUCGCUCCUACUUCUUCAGUCCUUUUAUUACUUUAACUUCACUUCGAUUUGCAAUUGCCAUCACUAGAAUUUUGUCAUUUGCUGAAGAAGGAGGGCUAGAAAACUGCGAAAUAAAUAUCUCCAUUUUUGUAUCCAUCACAUUUCUGUGCUACAGCGUAAACGUCGCCUUUUCAUUUUUACGGAAGAUUAAAUUCGCGAGCCCUCGGCAAAUGACAAUUUUAUUUCGCACAUUUUAAAAUUCAGCGAAUUUGCCGCCAUUUUGUAAUUGACGAUUUUUUGUGCCAAAUCCUAAAGAGACUGUCGAAGCGCGCCAUUUUGCGACUUCUCGUUUUUUGUUCAUCGACCAAAGGAUUUGUUUUUAAGUGAAGCGAAUGGGCACUCCACCACGCCGGAGCCCCAGAAAUAUGCCAAACACGAGUACACCAGGAAAUGAAGUGGCCGCUUCGUCGACGGGAAUUAAAUCUACUUCCAACACAUAUGCAACCGCCGCAAAGUCAUCAGGUACCACCACUGCAGCCAUGAGCAGCUCUUCCGCCUCUGUUGCUGCGCCGUCACAACACCAGUUAUCAACCCCACAGGUAAGCCUUGUACAUAAUUUGCAUAUACCCUCUGCCACCACCACGAAAACACCACGCAUAGAGUUGCUGAACAAUCCUGCACAGCCCAAUUCCGUGCAACGAAAUUUGCCUGCUCAGCAGACACGUAAAGCCCACGUGGAAUCAAAUGCCUGUUCCACAAACGGUAGUAGUGUCGCCGGUAAAUCACUUGCCCUUUCCGCAGUGCCACCUGCCGAAGUUCCCGCCGCCAUUCCAGGAUCAGCUUCUCCAACAGUACAGUCGCAUUCGGUAGAAAGCAUGCUUAUUUGUAUGCAAAACCAAAUAGAAAUUUUACAGCGCCAACUUAAAGAGGCAGAAGUUAGGUUACCAAAUUCAGAGUUGGGAAAAGAUAGAGAAUUAACAACUAGGCAAAAUAACGUUUUUUCGGCUGCUCCAGUUACACAGAUCAUCGAAAGUUGCGCCAUGCCAACAACAACAAUUUCGAGCCAAGCGAAUACCGUUGCGCAUAUACAGCAACAUGAUAGCAACAUGUCGCCUAACGCCUUGCAACAAAAUAUGUUUACGCAACCAGUGUACACGCAUCCAACGACAUUUGCUCCAUGUUUAAAUAAUCGCGCGUCACCUUAUGCCAGUUCGCCAAAUCCUUAUUCGGUAGAUUCUGCUAUACAACUGCAAAGAGCAGCAAAUAAUCAAAUACACGUUUUUGGUUCUACAACCGCACAUAGAAAACUGAUUGAUCUUCCGCAGUUUUCUGGUCAGCCGGAAGACUGGCCAAUAUUUUACACAGCUUACGUCGAGUCGACUUCGGCCUAUGGUUAUUCACAUUUUGAAAAUAACCAGCGUUUAUAUAAGUGCCUCAAGGGUGAAGCUCGGGAUGUAGUUAAAUCCUUUUUAAUUCAUCCAAACAAUAUUAAUGCUGCUGUUGAACAUUUGCGUACACGUUUUGGUCGUCCUGAGUCGUUGAUCCGUAGCCAAUUAAAGCAAAUUCGAGAAAUUUCACCCAUCUCGGAAAAUAACGUAGGUAAAUUAAUGCAAUUUGCGACAACAACAAAAAACCUUGCCAUAUUUUUGAACUCUAUUAAUGGUGAGCAGCACUUAGCUAAUCCAACGUUGUUGGAAGAAUUGGUAGGGAAGUUGCCUAUGAGCAAAAAGAUUGAAUGGGCCAGACGUGCAGCAACUAUUUCGCCAUAUCCAAACAUUCAACAUUUUAGUGACUGGCUUUCAGAAAUCGCCGCCUUAAUUUCUGUUGUGCUAGAUAAUGAGCCACGAGAGCCUCGACGCCGACCAGUUUUCCAUGUCGCUGAAAUUCAACGUAACAAUGUCACAAGUACCCUUAAGUGUUCAGUAUGUAGCGCAAAGCAUAAACCAUUUGAGUGCAAGCGAUUUUUAGAUGCGAGCAUAGCAGAUCGUUGGUCUAUCGUCAAACGACAUCGACUUUUUUUUAGUUGUUUGAACUAUGGUCACUCUACCCGAGAUUGUCACAAACGAAAACCGUGCGCGAUAAAUGGUUGCGGAAGGAAGCAUAAUAAACUUUUACAUGAACAGCAGAAUGUGAACACGUGCGAUACAGGUAGCCUCACCACAAAUGGUACAACCCAGACUUCCAAUUCAACAAAUGAGGCAGUUUUAAGUUGCAAAGCCAACAAUAAUCCCAGAAAUAAAUUACUUUUUCGUGUAGUGGCUGUGACACUCCAUGGGCCAGCUAAAAGUAUAGAUGUAUACGCAUUACUAGAUGAAGGGUCGUCGGUGACAAUGGCCGACAGAGACGUGUUGGAGGAGUUGGGUGUCAGUGGUCAACGAAAGCAGCUUGACAUACAAUGGUUCGGGGGUAGAACGAUUCAGGAGCCCACAGUUUUGGUUGAUCUCUACGUAAACGGACGUGGGUUAAGAAAGAGGCAUAAGCUACGCAAUAUUCACGGAGUAAACAAUCUUAACCUACCUACGCAAACUUUGUCAGAAAAAGACUUGCAGAACUUGAAGCUUGAUAGCAAGUUUACCCCGUCGUUUUACUCCAAUGUUAAACCGAAGCUUCUUAUAGGUUUAGAUCACUGUCAUCUCGGGUGACCUACUGAGACCAUGGGCAUUAGAGGGAACGGCCCAUACGCAGCAAAUACUGAGCUUGGUUGGGUAAUUUUCGGACAGACUAAUACAGGAUCUAAUUCAAACGCUACAUGUUUGAUGCUACAUGCGCCAGGGGAGUUGGAGCUUCACGAUAUUGUUUCUGACUAUUUUAGAACAGAAAACUUUGGAGUGAAAUCGGUGCCGCCAAUAAUUAGUGCUGAGGACAUACGUGCGAGGGAAAUUUUGGAAGCUACCACUUUGCAGUUUAACGGAAAAUUUCAAGCAGGUUUGCUAUGGAGAGCAGACGAUACUGUGCAGCCUGAAAGUUAUGCAAUGGCUCUUAAGCGGUUAAUUGGUAUUGAGCGAAAAAUGAAGCGUAAUAAGGAGUUCGCCACAGCGUAUAGUGAAAUCAUUGGCGGUUAUGUUAAAAAGGGCUACGCUCGCAAGCUGCUUGCUGACGAAAUCACCACGUACAAUCCAAGGAUUUGGUACCUACCACACUUCGCGGUCGUCAACCCGAAUAAACCGGCGAAAUUGCGUCUCGUCUUUGAUGCAGCAGCUUUUUCGAAUGGAACAUCACUUAACUCGCACCUUCUAAAAGGACCGCAGGAUUACCGACCGCUUGCUGCAAUACUGUUCCAUUUUCGAGAGGGUCCUGUGGCAGUCUGCGGGGAUAUAAUGGAAAUGUUCCAUCAGGUAGUGGUUCAGCCCAACGAUCGAUGUGCUCAGCGAUUCCUAUGGCGAGGAGGAGACGAUACAAAGCCGCCUGACGUUUACGAGAUGGUAGCGAUGACAUUUGGAGCAGCCUGCUCACCAUGUGUAGCGCAGCAUGUGAAGACGGUGAACGCCUUGAAACACCGCCAAGCCGAUAACCUACGAGCAGUUAAAGCCAUACUUGAGUACCACUAUGUGGACGAUUUCGUCGACAGUUUUGAGUCCGUUGCUGAAGCUAUCAACGUCACUAAGCAAGUGUGUGAUAUCCAUAAACACGCUGGAUUCAUACUACGUCAUUUCGCAUCUAAUUCGUCCGAUGUAUCGAAUUCAUUAGGAGGUGAUGAAUUCGCAUUGGACAUCAAAAGUAAAGAAACCUUUGCGUCUGAAAAGGUUUUAGGGAUGUACUGGCGACCUAGCAGUGACGAUUUUAAUUUCGAGGUAAAGUUUAAUUAUACCGAUAAGACUGUCUUGGAUGGCUCAAGAUGCCCAACAAAAAGAGAGCUUCUUAGCAUAGUCAUGUCUAUAUUCGAUCCCAUAGGGUUUUUGUGCCACUUCCGAUCAGUGCCAAGUUACUAUUAAGGGAAGUUUGGAGACAUAAGAUCAGAUGGGAUGAAGACAUCCCGGUUGAAGUCAACUCAGCAUGGGAGAGGUUCCGUCAGCAAAUCCCCAACGUAGAACAAUGCAGAAUUCCGCGCCAUUAUUUUGAUAGUAAACCUGUGAAGAAAUUACAACUGCACGUAUUUGUGGAUGCAAGCGAGGACGCAUUCGCAGCGGUAGCUUACUGGAGAUACGUUACAGCUUGUGACAUGAUAAGAGUAACAUUUGUACUAGAACUGCUCCAUUAAAGCCGCUAACAAUUCCGCGCCUUGAACUACAAGCAGCUGUUCUAGGAAUAAGGCUGAUGAAAACGAUUUUCAAUGAACAUUCCCUUAAAAUUAACGACUGUUUCCUAUGGAGCGAUUCAAGCACCGUUUUAAAUUGGAUUAAGAGCGAGAAUCGCCGAUACAAGCCCUUCGUCGCUCAUAGGAUUGCGGAGAUUCUUGACGGAUCAAAACCAAGCAACUGGAGAUGGGUGCCUACAUCCACCAAUGUUGCCGACGAAGCUACACGCUCCAAGUGUCCAAUAGACUUUUCGCCGACAUCGCGCUGGUUCAGUGGACCGACAUUCCUAAGAGGCUUACAAGGGCAUUGGCCCGACGCUGACGCCGUUGGGAAAACAGUAGCAAAGGGAGCCGAUGACGAGGAGAUUAAGCCGAAAUUUGUAUUGAUAGCCGUGCGUAAUACGUUAAUUGAUUUUAGUCGUUUUUCAUCUUUUAAUAACGUACAAUCGCCUGGAUUCUCAGAUUUAUUUCACGAUGCAGAAUGCAGAAAACAGACCAGCAAGCGUAUGGGUUAAUAGCAGAGGAAAUCGAGAAGGCGCAGAUAACAUUGUGUCGUCUGGUCCAAAAGGAAAUAUAUGCCGCCGAGUUAAAAAGUAUUGCUGAAAAAAGAACAGUCGCGCGGGACAGCGAGUUAUAUUAACUCUGCCCUUAUGCUGACGAAGAUGGGGUGCUGAGAGUCUACGGAAGGAUUGAUGCUGCAACUUGUCUUCCGUAUUAUACUAAACGUCCGAUUAUUUUGCCAGCCUGUCAUUUGGUUACGGAGUUGAUAGUUGCCUAUAAUCACAGCAAGAUGUUUCAUCAAAACGUCGAAGCAACCAUCACUGAGAUUCGUCGUACAUUUUGGAUUCCGCGCCUUCGCCAAGUACUGCGUCCCGUUAUUGCUAACUGUGGUCUGUGUAAAAUUUCAAAAACAAAACCUGUUGCA